CUAGGAUAUGUUCUAAGCAUUUUGAUGAAACGUGCUUCGUGAAGUCUUUGCAGCAACAAAUGCUUCAUUAUAGUCCUUGUAAAGGGAGAAAGUUACAUUUGGAUGCUAUUCCUACAUUGCAUCUUCCUCCAACAUCUAGUGUUUUAACCAAGGAUGAGUUUGAUCAGGCAGCUUUGUCAACUGCAAGAGCCUCUUAUACAGCAGUGCCUCUACCAGUAUCAGUUGCAAAUACAUUCCACGAAGAAAUGUCUCAGCAAAUGUCGAGUGAUGCUUCGUUGACUGAAGUAGUGCCUUUGUCAGGAACCAGUGACGUUCCAAUAACUAUUGAAGCAUUUCCAGUGUCUUCGCCAGUAUCUGGUGAUGCUUCAUCAUCCACAGUAUCCACAGAUAAUAAAGUGUUGCCAUUUUCUAAAAUAGAAGACAUUUUACUCGAGAACGCUGCGAUGAAAGCAAAGGUUUACGAACUUGAACAACGGAUAAAAACAGAAAAUGAACGCUUCAAAAACAGAAUGUAUGAGCUGCUGGGAAAAUUUUUUACUCCAGGACAGAUCCGACUUCUGUUAAAUCCAUCAUUGAGUAAAGUCAAGUGGUCUUCCGUAGACAUCGCAAAUGCUGUAUCGUUGCGGUGUGCAAGCCCAAAGGGAUACCGAUACAUGAAAAAUGUCAUGAAAAUACCGCUUCCUGGCUUGUCAACACUUUGAAGGUGGGCAAACCGAGUUCGUAUUGAGACAGGUGUUCUUUUUGUUGUGCUUGAUGUGAUGAAAGCUAAGAAAAAAUGCAUGUCUGAUGUCGAAAAACUAGUUGUGCUUACAUUUGACGAAAUGUAUUUAAGUAAUAAAAUAAGUAUAGAUCGGGAAA